CAACGCCAUCUUCCUUGUUUUUUCCCCUUCCCUUUUCUGAACCAUUCUUACAUCCGGCAUUUCCACACGCCCACAAGUUUAUCUUAUCCUAUGAGCUCCGAGACGAGGAGGUAGCGACCGCAUGCCCAGCCGCAUCUGCAAGGAUGUUUGGCUCCCGAAGGCACCGCGCACCGAAUCCGCCCCUAACAGCGGCGACUGCGGAUCCCAAUGCUACCACAGCUGCUGCGACUGUCUUCAAACGCCACGAGUCGAAUGCCUCCUUGUCGGCCGCUGCGGCUGCCGCCGCCCUCCGCGCGCGGCCCGCGACACCGACGCGCGUAGAAGACGUGCAGACGAAACGGACUGUGCGCCGGAGCGCAUCCGUCGCAUCCACUCGUACGGCAUCGGGGCAGACCCGCGACCAGUCUGGGCUCCAAAGGCGAGGAAGCAGCGGGUCAAUGACCGAGCGAACCUUUCGAACCCCGAGUCCGCACCGGCCCGGUAGCAGCGGCUCCGGCCACCAUCGAAGUCUGUCUUACAACGUCAAGGACGAUAUGCCACCGGUCCCGGCGCUGCCCAAAAAUAUGGACACGGUGCAGAUUCGGAAGGCAAACAGCAUCCACAUGGGAGCCAGCCCCGUACGCCUUGCCUCUCAGAAGCUUGCUUCCAGGGAUGCGCCAUCUUGGUUUGGCGGCGCGAAAGUAGGGGACCUUGGGAGCGUCCGUAGAACGGAUCCGGCCAUGGCUAGUCCGCCGUCAAGUCCGCUGCAGCUUGUCGCGCACGAGGGGAGUCCGUCUGAUGGAGCAAGGCCAGAUAGUCAGGCGUCCUCAAUCAACUUCUCCUACCCGGCGCGGACAAGGCGCGGUUCCGCGAACUUGGCCCUGAUACCUGGCACGUCUGCCACGACGCAAACCUCAGCCCGCACAAGCCAGGCGCAACCGUUCGUCGAAGAACACCACGCAGGCCAAGCACCGCGGGUUAAGCAGCAGCCAAGAGGGCAAGGGGCAGCACCAACUGGGAGGAGCCAAAAUACUUCAAGUCAGGAACUAGUAUACGACCCCAAUUCGCGACGGAUGGUGCGACAAGCAGACUUGAUGCCCGUCAACCAGGCGCCUCUCAAUGCCUCCCAUCAACGAACCGGCUCGACGAAAAAGAAACAGCGCCCUCAAAGAGCCGGUUCCCAUCUAGCUGCGGGGACAAUGGGUCGCAAUAAGAGUGGACCCUCCUCUGCUGCUCCCUCGGAGAUUCGACCACCGGAUGCGCUGUCACAACCACAGCCGGAGCGACAGGUUCAGCCCACGCAUGCCAUAGAGGCAGGCCCCAUACAUGACACUCGUGUGGCUGCGGAAGACCCACCGGUGAAGGCAAUCAUCAGUUCGCCGAGGAUCGACGCGAAGAGAGUGGGCCAGCGACAGUCUCAAAGCUCAACGGAGUCGGCUCGGAUACCUGUCCCGGACUCGGCGCAGUAUGCGGUGAGGCGACAGCCCUCUGUGGUCCGGGAAGAGCCAGAAGCGGAGGACGCCGAAGACAAGAGGAAAAGCCAGAAUGCCAUUUCGGAUGCGUUGGAUGCAGUGCCUAGGAGACGGAGGGUACACGCAGGGUUAGUCGGCGAGACUGAUGAGUCCGCACAUCCUCCUCAGGAAGGGAUCGUGCCGUCAAAGCGCUCUCCGGGAAGUCCUGCGAAGGCUCGAGCCGAUCUGAGGCUCAACACCAGCUUUGUCGAUAUCUCCGAAGACGGCGAGUCAAAGCCUGCUGCUGAGGUUCGGCUUGUCUCCCGCGAGCGCCCGCAAUCGAGCAGCCCCGCUCGCCAGGCGCAUUUCGGCCCAGUACAGGAUAAUCUGACAGUCAAGCACUCGCCACCGCCUCGAUCAGUCUCACCCAGGAAGUCAGCCCUGAAACAGAUCAGCCCAACGAGGGGCGCAUCACCUUCCGGAGAGUCGUCCGAGGCUUCUGGGAGUGCCAACCAAGAUGCUCCUGUGGGACGCAAGAAAUCUGUUCGCGUGAGUUUCGAGGACGGCGCGGCCGAAACGGCGGGCGAUUCUGCCUCAACCAACCGGAAUGGCUCACCAGUGGUUUCCGAUCCGCUUCACGCCAACCGUCACAGCUGGCUCACGAGCCUCGGUCGCAGUCCGAGAGAUUUGCCGCCUCUUGAUGACGAUGAUGGAUUGAUGAAACCGCGGCCGACUCUGCCGAGCUUUGGCAGCGUGAGGAAUCGCAAGCCGCGUGAUAGCAGCCCAGAUCGGUCCGAGCGGCCACUUGUUCGACCGAAGGCAGAGACCCGGUACAGCUCAUCAUUACUCCCCAGCCCACCGUUUGGUUCCAGCAAUGAUCAUGCUAUCGGCCCGAUCUUGGCCAAUGGGGAUGUGAAAAUGCAGCAAAGCUCCAGGCACGCGGAACAGGCCUUGAUUCCUGGCGAACCCUUACCCCCGGUCGUGACAAGCGUGGAGGGCACCGGCUACUUUAGUGAUAGUUCAGACGUCAGCUCUCUGAUUAGUUCCGAGUUCGACCCAGAGGCCCCCUUACCGAGUACAGGUCCUGGACAUCAGCCAGAUUCAACCGCUGCACUACGUGCUGCCACACCCGAAGCACUCGCCAGCCACUCAGUAGUACGAGCUGGUCAGGAGACGCUCUCUCCUCGGUCCCCCGAGGAGCAGGAGCAGAACUGGUCGUCCGAACCGGAUAUUCCUACGAUCUCUGUGUCACGCCCGACGCCUGUCGUUGAAGAAGACAAAUCGCCUCUGGAAGCUGUCGUGACUGUUCCCGGCGGCUUCCCAGGAGAUGAUUCGGACCAUUCUCCUCCUGCCUCGGCUCAGGGAGGAGACACGCAAAGCCCGAACGUCGCUAAAGCAGGGGAGGCCACCUCAACAGAUACCGGGUUAGCGCAACCAGCUGUUCCAGCCGCCCAGCCCACAACAGCGGAAGACUCGAGCGAUUCUGAGAGCAGCAUCUACAGUGAUGCUUACGAAGAUCUUUCGGAGAUCAGUGGCGAUGGCUUCCAGUCCCUCGAUGCUGUAGUGGAGAGUCCGUUGAGGCAGGACGCUCGCGCAGCAACGCAGACUGAGAACCCACGGAAACAGGUCUCUUCUCCCAAGCCCGCUGAGGAAACUCGCAAGCUCCAGACCGAGAUCUCCUCAGCCACUACCGUGGUUGGAUCACCAGACGUAGAGGCGCCAGAGGAUGAAUGGGAGAAGAUCAAGGCGUAUUGGAAGAGUCUCACAGCAGAGAAGCGGGCGCAGCUGGAAAGAGAGGCAAGAGAAGAGGCAGGCAUUGACGCGGAUCUGGAAGAUGUCAAGUCCGAAACAAGGCCGAAGAAAAAGAAGUCGAUCGAACGCAGGAAUUCUGAACGGAAGGCACUGGCCGCACACAUAACGCAGCACAUGGCGCAGCAGUCAGCAGCACAACCGGAAAAGGAAUCGUCGGCAGAUCCGGAACGCAGCUACAUGAUCAAGCCUGGCGAACGGUGGACUGGGGAGGGCCCGGAGAUCCCUGCCAUGCGGAAGACGAUGCGAGCCGAGCCCGAACAACACCCUACGGUCAUCCCGGCCCAUGGAUCCCGUUUGCGAAAGUCUAUGCGGGCGGACGGCUCGGGGGCUAGCGCCCGUGAUCCUCAGGUGGCGACAUCUCAAGCAACAUCUAAACGCAUCGUUUCAUCCCCUCCGCCCGCUGUCACUUCAACAGCAACAGCACAACACCGUAGGUCAGCUACACAGGUCGGGUCUGACUUCCAGCCUCCUCUCGAACGGCGGGACUCUACAGGCAGCGUCAGCAGCUUCAAGCGUUCCCGGUCCGCUAAAGCCCAGGGCUUUGGGUUCCGUCACUCCAUGAGGCCAAUGUCUCCCCCGUCCACUCAGGGUGAUCGUCGAUCUUCCAAGGCGUUCUCACUAAGGACUAUGUCCCCAGCUAGGGGCUCCGGGCGGGCUGAGCCUACCGUGGCUAACUCUUCCAUGAACAACCCGAUGCGCACAACCUUGCGCGGCUCGUCCACUGGGAGGAAGAGCCCCACCGGCAUACGCAUGCCCUUCGGCCUCUCGUACGGCGGGGGAAAAAAGGGCAGCAGCAAGUCGGGGGGCUCUCGAUUCUCAAGCCGAUUUGCCGACUCGAGCGACGAAGAAGGCGGCGGCAAUAUCUCGUCCGGCUUCCGUAGCCGCUUUGAAGACUCGAGCGACGACGAACCUGUCAUACCGAUCCCCGCCCCGCUUCAGAAGACUGCUACCGCCGCCUCAGCAGCUUCCGCAGGACACAGCCUACGGAAGGAGGCGUCGCUCGCGAGUACCGCACUUCCGGAAGAACUGGAAGAGUCGGAAGGAUCCCAGGAUCCCAGAGCGGUACCCACAGGAGCAGCAGCAUCAGCAAUGGAGACACUCCCCGCCGCGGCAGAAGACGCCAUCACCGUCCGCCGCACCCGGUCAGGCAGGGGCCAACUGCGUCCCAACUCGCAGAUUGCGCCCGCGCCUGCGUCGCAAACUGCUGACAAGGCCAACAAGGAUGGACGCACCUCGAGACGGAGCAGCAUCAUGGCUGCCCUGCGCCAUCGCAAGAAGGACAGCGCGACGGCCAAGAUCGGCCGCCCGGCGGUCACCGAGAGCGCUGCGCGGCGGGAUACCCGUCUUGAGCGGAGCGUGGUUCAGCUCGAGCGGAUCCGCAGCCAACGGGCAGCGGGCGAUGGUGGAGAAGAGGGAGAGGGAGAGGGCGGGGCUGAUGAGACACCGGUCCAAGUGGCGGUACCGGUGGCUAGGAGUCCGCGGUUGCAGAAGCGGGUGAGCAAGAAGGUUCCGCCGCCAGGUGUGGGAACGGGCGCGCAUACCGUUGCCGGCGAUGCUGAUGAAGGCAAUGCUGCCAAUGGCGUGUUGAUCGACGCUGUACCACACGAGGUUGGGGGCAGCUUUUUCCCUCCGGCGCAACACAGACGGUCUUCUACGUCGGGAAAUCUGGGCACCAGGACGCUUGGCGGAGGGUCCAUACCCUUACACCUGCAGCCGCACCGGCGGGUGUCAUCUCUUGGUAUGGAAGUGACCAGCUUGGACGGGUCCGUGGCAGGGAGCAUGGCCGGAGCGUCGUCGACGACAAGGAAGAAACGGUUUGGGCCGCUCAGGAGGAUGUUUGGGCUUAAUUAUUAGAUAUAUAUUUACCUACCUUGUGUGCUCGUUGGUGGUGACGGGAGAGAUGUCGAUAUUGAAAGCAGGGUUGUUGGGCGUGGGUGGGGUAUUAAUACCUCGUAAUCAAAUCAGGGCGGUAUGUAUGUAUAGG